AUGCAGGCCUUGCCCGGGUGCCGUGCAUGCGACAGACUCCUGUCGCCUCUCUGCGGGGGGCUGGCAAUCUGCUGGGCUCUCCACGUGUUUGUCUCGUUCCCCACCGUCGCGGCGCGCUUGAUAAUUACAUAUCCAGACACUUUGGUGACUUAUCCGCCCAUCUUGGAGACGUACUUUGCGCCGUGGUCCAAGAACUUCACCACGGUUUCGGGACGCAUGCGGUAUUUCCCCAACACGUGUGAUUUGGAGCACUACUUCUACCGCGAUGUCUCCGAUCUCGAGUCCGAUCCCUCCUCUGUUUUCAAGGACCUCAGGGCCUUCCACCGCGUUGCGUCUCCAGACGAAGCCGCCUCGUCGCUCGCCUCCUCUUUCCUGGGUGCCGCAAAUGUGAGCGAAUCGCGUGCCCUUACAGGCAGUGAACAGCAGAUGGCCGCGAGAGACGCGAGAGGACGCACGCGGGUGCGCAGCGCCUUCCGUCGCCUCGAAGAAACGUUGUUUGCGCGUGCCCCAGCGACACUGCCCUGGGUUCCCGCGGUCUCCGAGGCUGACGCGAACUGGCGGGCCUCGCAACAGACGCAGGCUCUUGCUGCUGCUCAGGCGGAGGAGGCGCUCACGGCGGCAAACCAAGCACGCAGAGACAGUCCCGUCUCAAAGCCAACCAGCCGGUCUGAGCAUUCGGAGGGAGGUGCAUCGCUUGAGAAGGACGCGGAGGAACUCUCUGAGCACGCACCCCGCGAGGUCUCUUACUCCAGCUUCACUUCUUCUCAGAGUCCGCCGAGUCCGCAGGAAGAAAGCCGUCCUGCGGUUCGCGAACCGCACACAGACCACCCCCCGUGUCUCUCCUCUUUGUCUCCGCCGCGCCCGUGUCCGGACUGUCCAGGCUGCACGACCGGCGCUGCAACCUCCGCCGUCCACUGGAGCGCCGCCUCUCUUGCGUUUCUUGGAAGUUUGUCGGCGUACAUACCCCUGUCCUCUCACUUCCCCCCGCCGCAGUACAUUCUGUCUCGUCGCGGAGUCUUUUCUCUCGCAGCCGACGUGAGAUCUGCCUAUGGGCAGGGUUUGUCAUCUCUCCCUUCGCCGUCCCCCGCGACUCUUGCCGUGGACGCAUCGAGCGCCCAGUCGCUGGUCUUCCCCGUUGGUCAGGGCCGCAUGCAUCCUUCCUCUUCUUGGACCUCUUCGCCUGCCGCAUCUGCGCCGGAGGAGGUGGAGGCUGCGCACGUGGGCGCGCUGGCGACAGGCCUCGUUAGCGGCGCAGGGGGCAGCGAAAGCGGCAAGGGGGGGGAUGUCAGGCGGCAGGAGGAGGAGCUGAGUCCCGGAUCUUCAGAGGCCCUGUCGGCGUCUCGGGUCGGGUCAGGCGGCAGGUCGCCAUCUUUCGCUUCUUCGCUUCUGCGUGUAAUUUCAACUGCAGCUCCUUGGCUUCAGAUGACGGUUUCCACGCAGGGCGUGGUGAACGCGCCUGCGCUUCGCUCGUGGCUGUUUGGGCAGUUUUCUGACGACGCAAAGCCCGUGAACCCUUCUGGCGAACGCCGUGAGGCGGACGCGACGCCGCCUUCGCCCGCCGUGUCUCCUCUGGUGUCGCUUUUCUUCUCCUCUCCUGCCUCCUCCGUGACCCGCCCGCCGGCCGCCAAGCCCGGCGCUGCGGCUGGCGAGGAGGUUAGGCAGCAAGGGGAGGCGGACAUUCGCAGUCUGACGCCUGCGUCUUCUUCGUCGGUCGCCUCGGCAGCCUUUGCGAAGGAGGAGGAGGUGCGCGCGAAGCGGGCGGGCGAGUUCAGGGGAGACAAUAAGGCGCUGUGGUUUUUCGACGAGUGCAACAACCCGCGGGACGUCGAGCGGCUCGUCAACGCGGCCAACACAAACGGCGUGGGCGCGCUGAUCUUCACCAAUACGACGUUCUCGUCCUAUCCGCUGACCAGCACACGUUCGUUCGCGUCGCUGGAAGGGUGGAAGGGUCUUCUGCAGGCCUCUGUCGCCCGGCCUCAGCCCCUGAUGCCGGUCUUGUCGGUCCCUGACUCCCGCUUGAGUCGGGAGAUCAAGGAGAGGCUGCGAGGCGGCGACUUGGUGGAGGUCGACAUCGACAUGCUCCCUGCCGACUACGUGAACUGCGCCCUGUUGCAGCCUGUCAAAUGGGCCUCACUGGUUUUUAUUCCGCUGUGGGCUGCGCCCACGCUGCUGUGGUAUCUGCUGUGUAACUACAUGCCGGCCUACGACGUGAGUCCUCUGCACCGCCUUCUGCUGCUUCCGCCCCUCCUCAAGACCCUCUUCGCGAUCGCAGCCUUCGGGUUCUAUGCCCAGUGUCCCAACUACAUGGGCACGUCCACGCAGUACAUCAUGAUGGCCUACAUGGGGCUCAACACCAUCUUCAACACCAUCUUCUACGGCAUUCUUCUGCUUCUCGCCAAGGGCUUCAUGGUCACCAGAGAAGUCUUUGGCCGAAAGGAAAGCCUCUCGCUCGCUGUCUUGGUUAGCUUGGUGUACAUCAUCACGUCGGUUAACCAGGUUGAGGAAGCGGAGACCCUUCCUGCUUUGCUGCUCCUCUAUACGGCGCUGCUGGCGACGGUGCUUACGUCGGCCGCACGCAAUAUGCGGCACUUGCAGCUUCGCCUGGCGUACGUGCGCCUGGUGCAGGUUCAGGACUGGGAAGAGGCUCUGAAAGUGAAGCUGAGGAUGUUUCGGAGUCUCUACCGACUUUCUGCUGUCUUCUUUCUCCUUCAAAUCGCUCAAAAGAUUUUCCUGUUCGAGAUCCUCGAUCGCCAGGACAUCUCCGAAAUCGCGGGAAGCACGUUCGAGUGGAUUUUCUUCCUCCUACUCAGCGCGGUGUUCAGACCCAGGGAGGAAAUCCUUUACUUCUCCCUCAUGCAGCGCACGCCCGAGAGCCACACCAUCCUUCCCAUGUAUGCCACGGGACCGCUGCUGCCGCGUAGUGCAGAGGCAGGCGCAGAAGGCUUGUUCGAAGGCGACGAGCCGUUUUCUCUUCUCCUCCCGCCUGUCGCAAGCGAGGCUCCGCAAACUGUGUGGUCGCGCAUGAAGUCGGCGUUUUCGCGGCUUUUCUCGGGGUCCGCGUUUGCCGCAGAUCACGAACUCGGAGUCCCAGGCGUGAGGCAGGACGGCGACGUUUUUGCCGGUCCGGCUCCGCUUCGAGGGGAGGACGGCAGUGACCACAACGGCGCGGGGCCCAUUGUGAUCCUCAAUCCUGCGGCGCACGAAGAAGAAGCUUCUGGCUACUUCUCCCUACAGCACAUCGUCGUCGGAACUCUCGUUCCCACGCCGAGUAAAAACGUGGCUGGAGAUCUUGUGAGGAGCUCUCAAUCCUCUGAAAUGUCGCCUUUCGGCUGCCAGCCGUCAGUCUCCCUUCCCGUGCACCCUGCGACUCCGCCGAUUCUGAGUCUGCUAACUCCUCAGCUGACUGCCAUGGAUCUGUACGGUCUAGGGUUUAGGCUCUAG